UUUACUGUAUCCAAAGGGGAAACUGCAGGAAAACCAUCCCAAGGUUGUUUUUUACGGUUGGUGGCACUGUUUAUGGUGACAGUGGGGAUCCAUGGGUAAUUAGUUAUUUAGGUCAUAAAGAUGAUCUCUCAGUUUUUAUAAAAAUUGUCUUUUCUCUGUUAAUUGGUGUAAUUUAGUGCUCUUUUAACGUUGUUAAGGUUCCCCGGGGGCCCCUCGCGAUGGUGUUACGAAGUUUCCAGUGCCAGAGGCGCGUGGUUGGCAGCGCUGCCUCAAAAUUUGGAGGGAAACGCGACGUGACGUCAUCGGCGGCCAUAUUGUCGCAAAAAAAAAAUGGCGUCGGUGCGCUCCUAAAUAUAAAAAAUAUAAAAAUGCAACAACGAGAGGGAACCAAGGCACAACGUUUUUGUAAAUUACGUAAAUUAGAGGGAAAGUACUUGGAGAGCGGCCGACCAUUCGGCGAGGAGGAAAGUCGGAAAAUGCCUGCGAAAAAUCGGAAACUCGCCAAAGAAAAUCCGCAGACGAUGUUAGAAAAGGACGAAGGACGGAGAAGAGAAAAGCGACGUUAAGAAAACCGGUGGCGUCGCGGCGCAGGAUCAAAAUGGCCGUCGGCGAGGUUGAAAUGGGCGACGGCGUUGCCGUUGUGAACCGGAUUUUCGCACCCCGGAUCAGUUUAGGUCCUAAAUCUAGAAAACUUAUAGGAAUAUUGACGUGAAACAAAAAACUUGAUAUUCAGGGAAGUCUUUUCGACCAAUGUGCUUCAAGGUUUAAACCAAUUCAGAGAAUAUUUAGCCACUUAUUAGGCGUUUUAGGCAGUGGCCUCCAAGGGCAGUGAUUAAUCUUCAAACUGACCACUCACUUCUUAGUCCGAUAUCUGAAAAACUAGCGGGAAUAUUCUCAUAAAAUAAAAAGCGUAGUAUUCAGUGAAGUCUUCUUUAGAAAUGUUCUCAAUGGUUUGAAUUAAUUCAGGAAAUAUUUUCCAAAAUAUCAGGAAUUUUGUGGAGUUGCGUCCAACAGUAGUGAUUGAUCUUCAAACCGACCACCCACUUCUUGAACCGAUAUCUGAAAAACUAGUGGGAAUAUUCUCAUAAAAUAAAAAGCUUAGUAUUCAGGAGAGUUUUCCCGAAAAAUAUACCGAAGGAUUUAAAAUAAUCCAGAAAAUAUUUCAAAAUAUUUCGAAUUUGAGGCAGUGUCGUUCGAUAGAGGUGACUGCUCUUCCAAGUGACCGCUCACUUCUAAGUCCGAUAUCUCAAAAAGUAGUGGGAAUAUUCUUAUGAAAUAAAAGGCUUAGUGUGAAGGAGAGUCUUCCUGAUAAACAUUUCGUAGGAUUUACAUUAAUCUAGAAUUUUUUUCAAAUUAUUUGGACUUUGAGGCAGUGACGUCCGAUGGAGGUGACUGCUCUUCAAACUGACCACUCACUUCUAAGUCCGAUAUUUCAGAAACUAGUGGGAAUAUCCUCAUCAAACAAAAAGCUUUUUAUGCACGGAAGUCUGCUCGACCAUCAUUCUUCAGGGUUUAAACUAGUCUAGAAAUUUUUCCAAAAUAUUAGGAACUUUAUGCAGUGGCGUCCAAGGGCAGUGAUUGAUCUUUAAACUGACAACUCGCUUCCAAGUCCAAUGUACAAAAAGCUUUAUGUUCAAGGAAGACAAAAAAAACCCUGUAUCUACUCUCCUUAGAGAUCACAGCUUGGCAACCGCGCACCCUCUCUCAUUUUCCACCAAACUUUACUCCGCAAUUACACCUCAGUAAUUAAGAAGCUCCCUUGCACUGCCAACCUCAACGUCUCGCAUCCGAAAUUAACGUCCGGUGUGUCCAUACAAGAAAAAAAGCAAAAAAAUAGAACGGGAAAAGGGGGUGAGCCGCCCCCGCAGCUAACCCUUAUCGAAUAUGUAUACAUAUAUCGAUUUUAUUUUUAAUACAAUGGCGCGGGGGGAAGAAGGGAACGAGCGGCGAUGGGUGGUGGGAGGGUUGGUUGGCAAUGGGGAGCCAUGUGUGUGAUGUUUGUUGUGUUGUUCCUCGGUUCGUUUGUUAUUGGUUUGAUGGAUUGGCUCGGGAAAGCUCGGAUACAAAGGCGUAACGAAAUGAAAAGCCAUUUUUUACGUGUAAGUGUUCAUCUACAGGGUGUCUCGAACGAAAAAAACAGUGGAUCAGAAAAAAACGAAGGGUUGAGUCUCUCAGGUAGAUGAAACCUUUCGGCAGGGGGGGAGAUGAAACAGAGAAAAAUGAUAAAUCGCGGUCUGGUUCAUUUAAAUACGAUUCAGAGCAGAAUAGAGCUCGUUUCGGUCGUAUUCAAAUGAGCCUUAUUGAAAAAUUGGUGCACCUUUGCCGGAUUUGCAUAUUACGUUGUAUUGUGCCCGGGCAUAAAUCAUCGUCGAGGGUUGUAUUGAGUUACCAGAUGGGUUAAAAUUGUCAACUUUUUUUUCCUAAGCACCCUAUCCUUCCGACUGUCUGUAUAUUCAAUUGUUAAAUAAAUGUUUUUUUUUUUAAGAAAGCAUGUGUACUUAUUUGUCCCUUUAUUUAUAAGUGGUCAGGUUAUGCUGACUGUAAUUGUUAAAUAAAUGUUUUUCAAUCUGUGUCUUUUAUUUAAUUCAGCUCUGUAAACCAAUAAAUCAAAAUAAAAAAGUGUUAAAUUCAG